AUGGAGGAUUUUGUGAUUUCACCUUACAACCUUGGCAGGUACCCUAGUUAUGUUCCAUUUUACCAUGGCAACCCAAAAAUUAAAUACCCGUUCUGGAAUAAAAGGGGUCACAUCCAAGUCGCACCCGAGCCUAAAGACUAUUUUGAUAUUUAUAAACGCGCUCAACUCAAGGCCAUUUUAUCACAGGUGAAUCCAAACCUCACCCCUCGGCUACGAAAGCCAAACACGAGGGAGUUCGGCGUACAAGUGAACCCAAAAGUGGAUGCUGUUGUCCAAUGCUCCCUCGGACCAAAAACUUUGUUCUACCGCGAGGAGCAGUGGGAAUCCCCAAAAGCUUCGGGCAGCAGAUCCGCCCUAAAAGACAAGCUACCCAGCACUCCUGUGAACAACGUACGUUUUAUUCGACCAGUAGCAAUUUAUUCUCCAGUGUUUGAUCGCAGAUUUUUCUCACUGCCUGCUGAUGAAAGAGAAAGUGGUGGUGAUGACGGCAAAGAGAAUGAAGACUUUGAAACUAGCGGUGAGGAAAAGGCAGAAUCAAAGGAGCAACAUGACCCUGAGAGCGAGGACGGGGCUGCGCGCGCGCGUAAUGACUCGUUCAAUGGAAUGUCAAAGAAAUUCGGCUUUCAAUUUCUGGAACAGAAGUACGGGUUUUUCCACUGCAGUAAGUGCAGUAUCCGGUGGGAGAGCGCUUAUGUGUGGUGCGUCUCGGGGUCAUGCAAGGUUUACUUCAAGCAACACUGCAGAAAGUGCCAGGUGGGACUGAACCCGUACAAAGUGGAAUCUAUCCAGUGUCCGGUUUGCUCUCAGACGCGCUGCAGCUGCGAGAGGAAGAAGCGGCAUGUUGACAUGAGAAGGCCCCACCGUCAGGACCUCUGUGGCCGCUGCAAGGGGAAAAGGCUGUCCUGUGACACCACUUACAGUUUCAAGUAUAUCGUCUGA